GUCCACUGACUUCCGUGAUUGGGCGAGCCCGGCAGGCAUUGCGCGGCUGGUUUGAAAUCUCUUCAGUCUCGGAGUGGUCGGCUGUGAGGAGGAAGCUGUUCUCUGGAAUAUUUGCAGAGAUCAACAGACAUGGAUGAGUAUGCAAAAAUCGAAAAAAUUGGAGAGGGUACUUAUGGGGUUGUAUAUAAAGGGCGUCACAAAGCAACUGGUCAGAUUGUUGCAAUGAAGAAAAUCCGUUUAGAAAAUGAAGAGGAAGGAGUUCCAAGCACAGCGAUCAGAGAAAUCUCUCUUCUUAAGGAACUUCAACACCCCAAUAUUGUGUGUCUUUUAGAUGUUCUAAUGCAGGAUUCCAGACUAUAUCUUAUAUUUGAGUUUCUUUCCAUGGAUUUAAAAAAGUAUUUGGACUCCAUCCCUAGCGGCCAGUACUUGGAGGCUAUGCUUGUUAAGAGUUACUUGUAUCAGAUUCUACAGGGCAUUAUAUUUUGUCAUGCCAGAAGAGUCUUGCACAGGGACCUAAAGCCUCAAAAUCUUUUAAUAGACAGCAAAGGUGUCAUAAAACUGGCUGACUUCGGUCUGGCCCGAGCGUUUGGAAUCCCAGUCAGAGUUUACACACAUGAGGUGGUUACCUUGUGGUACAGGGCACCAGAGGUUCUUUUGGGCUCUGUGAGAUAUUCUACACCAGUUGAUGUGUGGAGCAUAGGUACAAUAUUCGCAGAAAUUGCAUCAAAGAAACCGCUCUUCCAUGGAGAUUCUGAGAUAGACCAGCUUUUCCGAAUAUUCAGAGCUUUGGGAACACCCAACAAUGAAGUCUGGCCGGAAGUGGAAUCACUACAAGACUACAAGAAUACAUUUCCAAAAUGGAAAGGUGGCAGCUUGGCCGCUAAUGUGAAAAACAUUGAUAAAGAGGGCCUGGACUUGCUUGCUAAAAUGCUCAUCUAUGACCCAGCAAAAAGAAUUUCUGCCAGAAAAGCCUUACUUCAUCCAUAUUUUGAUGACUUGGAUAAGUCAAGCCUUCCUGCCAACCAGAUAAGGAAUUAAGCUUCUGAUGCUCAUUCAGGACUCUAAAAUGUUAUGAAUCGCCACUGCUGGUUUUUUUUAUUUUUAUUUUUUGUUUGUGUAUUUUUUUAUUUUUUUUUUACAGUGUAUUUAUGUCUGUCUUUUUUUUUUGUUGUCCACCUGCAGCUGCAAUCUUUGUGGUUGUGCACAGUACUUACAUUGUCUUUAACACUUGUAAAUAUUGACCCAAGGAGCUGUGUACAGAUGAGAAAUCAAAUGAUUUAAUAAAGCUCUAUAUUCACAAAUAAAUCUA